UCUUUAUGCACAUCCCCGUUGAUACUUAGGGAGAGAAUGAUGUUGAGAGAUGAGGGGUGGCAAGGUUUCAGCACUGACUGACAAGAAGUGACGAGAAGGCAAAGUGAAUGAGCGCUGGUGCAUGAGGCCUUCGGGUCCUGCUCGGAGAGCCCAUGGAGCCAGACAUUGUGCCCUUGCACCCCUCGUCCCCCCCUCCACUGGAUGACUAUGGUGAUGAGGAGGAUGAGUUUGGGGACUUUGGGGGAUUUUCUGUCACAGCGCCCUGCUCCUCUCUUGGUUUUGCUUAUUCUACUGCGCCACCAUCCAGCCACAGACGGCCUUCUCCUACAACAAAGCCAGCCACCCAUCAAUCCAACUGCCACCCAGCUGAACAGUCCCAACCUGCAUCCAUUGUGAGCUCAGUGUCUGGCAGGGGCCAGACAGAGGUGCAAGGGCAGGACUGUAAUGUUGAAUCAUCUUUGCACCUCCCAAAUGGAUAUGCUGAAAUAGAUCACAGCUCUGAGACCCAUAGUGCUGCUGUAUUGGGUGCCUGCUCUCCCAAGGAGGAAACAGGAUUUGCUGAUUUCACCGUGUUUACAGAGCAGGAAGCACACCCUUGGUGCUGUGGCUUCUCUCCCAUAGGCAGUACAGAGCAGUGGGGUGGUGGAGUGGAUGGGACAAAUGUGGGUGGACAAAUCUGUGAUCCAGGACAAGAGGUUGUUAUGGACUUUGAGCCCGGACCUCAUACGACUAAAGAAAAUGUUUGUACUAAGGUCGAGCACUGUGAGAAAAGAGAUACAGCGCUUAUGCAGCCAUCUCAGGACCAUCAUCAGCCUCAGGAAGCUGCAGCAGCAGCAAUGGACUUGCCAUUUGCAGAGCCUUAUCCUGCGGAGGAGGAUGAAGGCAAAUGUGGGGACAGUUGGAGGGAAAGGAGGCAUAGUUUUAAUUCUUUGCAAACCUCAGAGGCACAGGGGGAUACAGAGUCAGAAGAAGAUAGAGAAAAGAGCAUUUCUACUAUUCCCCAAACAUUCAGUGCAUAUGAGUCUGCUUCAGAGGACCUAGCAUCUUUCUGUGAUGAUUUCUCAUGUGAGGGUGCUUCUGUAGAUUUGGAACCAAAUGUUUCAUCUCUUGGUCUAGAGGAUCAGACUGACUGGGACCAGACUGAUGAUGAGGAUGAAAACCUGGGAAGCUACAGAUAUUGUGACUCUUUUGUCAAUAACAGCAUGGCGAGUCUCAGUCAGGCAGAGAAUGGUUUUCAUCAUUGUAACCAAUCAGCAAUUCAGGAAACUACUGCUACCUCCAACUUCUUACAGUCCAGAACCCAUACAGUAGACAAAUCUGCAGAUUUCAAAGAUGGUAGUUUUGCGCAGCACAGUGAACAGGAACAUGUCCAAACAGCUGAGGUAAGGGUGCAGAGUCUAGGGAGCCUCCCACCGAGUGACAGCUUUGCAGAUUUCUGCUCAGCGCCCACACAAGAGGAUGAAGAGGGGUCGUGGGUGGACUUCAAGGAUCAGAUGUUUCAGGAGGAUGGAAAAACUUGGACACAGUUCAAAGAGCAAGUUAGCAGCCUGCACACUGAGGAGGAGCAGGGUGGGGCAGGACAGUAUGGAGGUUUAAGGCAAAAGAGCUCUCAGGCAUCGCUGUCCUGCUGUGUCCAGCAGCUACUCCGGGCCAGUUUCCCAGAGGCUGUGGUCCCAGCCGUGGAUGGAGAGGAGGAGUUGUUCAGCCUCGGUGCUCUGCUUCAUGGUCGACACCUCCCUGAGAGCGAGGAGGAGGAGAAACCAGAACUCAGCGGUGCUCAAGGGAGAGGAUAUUCUCCAGAAUUAGGAAGGGCUCAGUGGGAUCUGUGGUGGCAACAUCAGGAUGUUCACAGUGCAAUUGGCCUCCAGUUUCAAUGGGAAGGUUCCCAUGCAAACAGGACUCUGCUCAGGUGCCUCGGUGUGGACACAAGAAACAUUGUGUUCAUUGGCAUAAAGAAGCAGCCAGUGGCUGUGCCUGCGUUUGCAUCUGGCCUGGGAAUGCUAGAGCCCACGAAAGACUCCGUUACAGCUGUAUGUUCUCCACAGCACACAGCAGCUCCAGGGCCUACAGGCAAACUGGACCCCUCGCGAGGUUUAAUGCAGGAGGAGCUGCCUUCCAGCCAGCUGGACUGGAGCAGCCACGGCCUUAGCAGCUCUCAGGACGGUAUGUCCCCUCGCCGAGCCCCUCACUUCUGGGGCCGGAAGUAGACUACCAGCUAUCCCCUUAAGUGGCUUCUUCUAAUAAGCCAAAACAUUUGAGAGUUUCCUCCUCUGCACUCCUCCUCACUUCCUCCAGGGCAGGUCUGCUCCUUUUAUGUGUUUACACCGUUUCCCCUCUAUUCACUCAUUAGCGGGUCAACACAGCAAAUGUGAAAAUAAGAUGUGAUGUUAUUCUCAUGAAUGGCACAGUUCGAUCCAGUGCUGAGAAAUAUUGUUGUCAUUAUGAUUUAUUCAAACAAGAAAACUCAAGGACAUAACAUGCAACAAACCCAAAACUGGGACCAAAAGUAAAACAGAAAUAUUGUCCUUCAGCCCAAAACAACUGCAGGGGAAACACUGUAAUCACUCUUUUUCUCCUCCACUGUCUUAUCUUUAGCUGCGGUCACCUUUAGUGACAGAAUUUAUCUCAGUAUUUAUCAGUCAUCUUUGUCUUGAUCCAGUUGUGAUGGGUUAAGGCUACUGAAAACAAGAAGUUGCUACUGUUACUGUGCCACUUGCCCCAGAAGUAUUUAUCUUUCAGCUACAGCACAAAACAUCUGAGGGUAAUGCUAAAUUAAUGUUACAUUAAUAAUAAGCACCAAGCAGUGAAUCCAGACACCUCAUCAGUUAUGGCCAUAAUGUGUACUAAGUUUAUGGAUGCAUUUAUUCUAAGGACCAUUUUUAUUUAUUGGUGGCUACUGUUGAACUCCUAACUCUUCCAUCUUAACGCGGAGGUCAAGCCCAGUACACUUGGACUUAGCAUAUAAAUCUGACAGUAUUAUUCAGUUUUUGGUAUUAUAUCAUCCUGAAGUGUCUUUACAUUUUUAUGGAACUAUUUAUUUGUUCAUAUUUGUGCCCUGGCUGUCCUUGCAUCUUUGGUAAAGAG